GUCCUUUUAUUUUUCCUUUAAUAUGGAUAUGAUCAGUGAGAAACUCCAUCAGUGAGAUCAAAUGGAAUCGGAGCUGAUGAUGAUGAGAAGGCUUCUGGGGAUGAUGCGGGAAAAUGAAGCUCAGGCUCAGGCCAGCAGAUCAGCCGGCGGCUACAACAGCGGAACCCAAGGCUCAUUCCACAACAGCGGGGCAGGCUCUCAAAAUUUCAGAGACGUCAACUACAACAGCGGCUCUUAUUCCGGCAACCGUUACGAUUCUCCUGAGUACUACAACGCCCCCGGCGGCAACUUUGUUCACAACAGUGGCACUACAUAUGGCAACGGCAACGGAAGCAUUGUGAACAAUGGAAGCCCUGUUCCUUCCAAGAGAAACCCAUAUUGGUGAUUUAUCUCCAUAAUCAUAUAUACGUGUGUGUUGUUAUUCAGUAUUAAGGAAUAAUCAAUAGUUGGCAGAAAAAAUUAAGGAAUAAUUGAUAAGAACUGUGUGAUAUAUAUAAUAGAAAGGGCGGUGCAGCUGCGAGCUAGCCCUUUAAUUGCUGGUUUGCUUUUUAAGUAUGGUGUGUAUAAGACAUGAAAUCAGGAGGUUCUUCAUAUCCUCCUCUUUCAUGUUAUUAUUAUUAAUAAUAAUAUAUAGUUUCAGUUAAGGCUUCUUCAA